AUCGAUAAUUCUUUGGCUAAUUUGAAAGUUAAAUGGAAUAGUUAUCUUUUCGAAGAGGUUAUACCACAAGCUUGGGUGAAAUUUAUAACUAAACUUCAACCACAUGUGUAUCAAAAAGACAAUUACUAUAAAUUUUGGCCAAUUGCUGCUUCAGAUCAAUUUAUAUCAUUAAGAUUCUUUAAAGAUCUUUUAAAAAAUAUGAUAAGAAAGAUUAACGAAGACGAUGAAAUUUUUUGUGAGCAUGGCCAAAUGCUAUCUAUUUCAAAUGGAUAUUUUCAAGAUAAAUUGUGUGUCGAACGCGCCAUUCCAAACAUAUUGAGUAAGAUUGGAUUUCCAAUUAUUGACGCUCCCUCCGAAAUCAUAGAAGUGUUAAAAAAAUCUGAGAGGCAUUCUCUCAGAUUUUAUACGCCUAAUAUUGUGAGCCAAUUUCUUAAAGACCAAGAGGAAUGGCAUGAUAAUCUGGAAAGAGAUGAAAUCUUAGAAUUGUUUGGUUAUUUAAUGAACGAUGAAGAUUAUAAGAUAUUGGAAGGUCUGAAAAUGAUUCCAUUGGCUAAUGGAACAUUUAAAACAAUAUCUCGAGGUGGCACA